AUGACUCGAAGAAACUCAAAGAUUACCAAGUCUUCAAGGCGUAACACUAAUCCAACAACCGUUACUCCACAAAUGAAGAUAACACUCUUCCCACCAACUGUCACCAAGGACGAUUUUUUGGGAAGGCCUUCCACGAAUCUUGAUACAAAAAGUCCGAAUGCAUUUUUUGUUUAUCGAAAGGCGUUCGUCAAACAUCUCUCCGACAAGAAUCUUAAAUUUCGAAUGACGGAGGUCUCCAAAUUAGUUAGCUAUAACUGGAAGAAUGAAUCCAAGGAGGUCAAAGCUGCAUACACUAAGAUCGCACAAGAGAUUGACAAAGAAUUUCAAGAGAGGAAAAGGAUAAUUAGGGGUUACAAAAUUGUUUGUGAUCCGAUUAUGACGCUUGAUCCUGAUUUCUUGGAGUCAAAGGAAGGCGAGAAGCGAGAAAAACUGAUGGAGUCAAGAGAACCAUCGGAAACUGCUGCAAUCAAUAAUUCUCAACCUUUGCCCUCAACGACAUCGCCAAUCGUCAAAAGGGAGGAAUCUGUAAACUGUCAUUCACCACGAUCCAUUGCCACCCCUGAAUCAUCAACUACCGAAUAUACUCUUUUCGAUUCAGAUUCAGGUUCCGAACAAACUGAACAGGACUUCCCCCUUUUUGAAGAUAUGCACAGGGAGGUCUUUUAUAACACCGAGUCAUUUUCACCAUGUUUGGAGCAAUACGAAUACCAGCAUAAUCUGGGGCAAUAUGUUCAAUCUGACAUGUGUUACCUACCAGCUGAGGAACAACCCGUAGAUCAGAUUUGGGUCGACGAGAGUUCUCACUGUGGUUACAUCAAUGACUUUGGAUUCUACAACACCACCUUUAGCAUUGAACAAGAUCCUUCACUCUGUCAUAUUGAAAAUUAUGGAGAAUAUCAAACUUGGAAUCGCGA